ACCAGGGUCUGUGUUUCCUGCAGGUCACCUGGAUGUCAGUAUGGCAGCCACAAACCUGGAGAACCAGUUGCACAGUGCACAGAAGAACCUCUUGUUUCUUCAGCGUGAGCACGCCAGCACGCUCAAGGGGCUGCACGCCGAGAUCAGGCGGCUGCAGCAACACUGCACAGAUUUAACGUAUGAACUGACACUUAAAACUUCUGAGCAGACAGGAGAUGGAUCUUCUAGAAGCAGUGAACUAAAGAAAAGAUGUGAAGAACUGGAAGCUCAACUAAAAGUCAAAGAGAAUGAAAAUAAUGAGUUGCUGAAAGAACUGGAGCAGAAGAACGCAAUGAUCAUGGUGCUGGAGAACACCAUCAAGGAGCGAGAGAAGAAGUACCUGGAGGAGCUGAAGGUGAAAAGCCACAAGCUGAACAUGCUGUGCAGUGAGCUGGAGCAGCGGGCCGGCACUGUCACCUACCUGACUGCGCAGCUGCAUGCUGCCAAGAAGAAGCUUGUCAGCUCCAGUGGCACCGUGGACGCCAGCCCCUCGGGGAGCCCCGUGCUGGCCAGCUACAAGCCAGCCCCCCCUAAAGACAAGCUGCCCGAAACGCCUCGCCGUCGCAUGAAAAAGAGCCUCUCUGCACCCCUGCACCCAGAAUUCGAAGAGGUCUACAGAUUUGGGGCCGAGAGCCGGAAACUGCUUUUGCGUGAACCAGUGGAUGCCAUGCCUGACCCCACCCCAUUUCUGCUGGCCAGGGAGUCUGCCGAGGUCCACCUCAUCAAAGAGAGGCCCCUCGUCAUCCCCCCCAUUGCUUCUGACCGCAGCGCCAGUGAGCAGCACAGCCCAGCCCGCGAGAAGCAGCACAGGGCCCACGUUGGGGUGGCUCAUCGGAUCCACCACGUGACCCCGCCGCAGGCCCAGCCUGAGGUGGAGACACUGGCAGUCGACCAGGUGCACGGAGGUAAAGUGGUGAGGAAGCACUCAGGGACGGACAGAACUGUGUGAGGCCUGCGGGCCACCGCCACCCUCCUCCUGCGAUGCACUGUGACCACUACUAGGAAAACUCAUCCACACCUUUUUUUUUUAAUUCCCAUGCAUGCCAAAUUUUUUUCAGACCUAUCAACUGAUUCUUCUCCUCCUGCUCCUCUUGCCCUCUUACUGACACCAAAUUAUGAUCGUGCUCCUGCUGCAGAAAACGUAUUUACUAAUUGCUGUGGCAAAACACCUGUGUGUCCAACCGCUUGCUUCUAAUCCCACUCUGUGUAAUCUAAGUGCGCUCGUGGGCAAAGCACAGGACACAGGCUGCAUCGCUACUCAGUCACACGCCUAAUUAUGUCGGAGCAACACAUAUCAACCUUGACCUAUCUCCCCAGUUUCCAGGGCAGCCUAUCGGAGCAACCCCACUCCCUCCUGGAGACUCUUGUAACCUCCUGACAAACCUUUCCCAGGGUGGCACCGAUCACCGAGCAGCUGUAUGUGUAUGUCACAAGGAACUAAAUAAGAUAACGUUAUUCCUCUAUAGCACCACAACCUGAAUGUGUGUUCAUAUUUUUUUUAGUUUUAUCCAAAAUGUUCAAGAUCCCAACAAACUUUAUUUUCUAAACCGGC